AUGACGAAGCUUCCGGCCGCUUCCGGCAGACGGGCGCGGGCGAGCAUCAUCAAUCGCGAUGUUUUCCCACACGCGGAGGGCGCAAGGGUAACACCCACAUACAUGGCUUCGGAGAGGGCCACGAGAGCCACAGCUCGGUCAAUCAAAAUGGGAGCGUCCGCGUCCAAGCCCGCGACGACCGCGACGGGCGGUCCAUCGAGCGGCAAACACAAGGAGGCGAAGCUCGCGCUGGCGGUGGGCGGAAUCUUCUUCGCGUUCUCCACGUUCGCCGUGAUGCAGGAAGACGUGUACGCCACCAAGCACGGCCCCAAAGGGGAGAAGUUCACCCAUACUUUCCUCGUGCUGCUCGUGGAAAGGGCGGUGAACACGGCGGUGGGCGCGCUCGGGUGCGCCGCGUUCGGCCGAACCGGCAUCGACGUUCCGAUCCGCGAGAUCCUCGUGAGCGGCGUGUCGCAGAUGCUCGCGAUGGCCACCGGGAACGAGGCGCUGCGGUACGUCUCCUUCGCCACGCAGGUCCUCGGCAAGUCCUGCAAGAUGGUGCCCGUCAUGAUCGGCGGCGUCGCCGCGGGCAGGAAGUACCCGACGUCCCAGUACCUCCAGGUCCUCGUCGUCACCCUCGGCGUCGUCGUGUUCAACAUGGGCAAGUCCAAGCCAAAAUCCGCCGCCGACAACAGCGCCUUCGGCCUCGGCCUCAUCGCGCUGUCCCUCGGCGCGGACUUCGUCACCGCCAUGCUCCAGGAUCACGUCAAGGCCGCCACGCGACGCCGCAACCCGCGCGUGACCAACGCCAAGACGUCCAUGUUCGAGUCGAUGGCGUGGACCAACGCUGGUGGGUUCGUCGCGGCGUUGCUCACGUGUUUGGCGACGGGGCAGCUCGCGGACGGGAUCGAGUUCACGCGCCGACACCCCGCCGUCGCGAACGCCAUCGGCGCGUACGCGUUGUCGUCCGUCGUCGGCCAGCUGUUCGUGUACUUCACCAUCACCGAGUUCGACUCGCUGGUGCUGAGCACGGUGACGACGACGCGGAAGAUCUUCAGCACGGUGUACAGCGCGCUUCGAAAGCCGGAAAACGCGCUCAACACUACGCAGUGGGGGGGAUGCGGCCUGGUGUUCGCGGCGUUAGGGUACGAGCUGCUGGAGAAGUACCUUCGCAGGGGGGGUAAGCGCGUGAAGAAGGCGUGA